AUGGCGAAGCAAAGUGAGUACAAAAGCGCGAUCACUCUGCGUCCGACCUACAAUCGAACCGCUCAUUCGCAGUCCACAAUCGCGUUUGGAAGCACUAUGAGCUCGAUGAGUAAGUUUGAGCUGUAAAAAAUAAAAGACCUAUUCAAAAACGUGAAAAAGUUUUCUGGCCGUUGUGCAUAUUUGCCCUUAUGACUUAGUUUGGAGCGCAUCUUUCUCGACUUUUCGCCCUUAAAUUCAGAAUGUAAACACUGAAAUCUGUUUGCUUAAGGUUUAUAUAACUUUUUUUGCAAGAAAAGAGAAUUGAAAAAAGGAACUACACUAGGAUGAAAAAUUAUUGGAAAGACAAGAACUUUCCAAUAACCAUGAGUUGACAUAGUUCAGUUAAAAAAAAUCUCAGAGUAGGUAAAAAACGAGACUGCAUUCCUUCUAGGUGACUUUGAAGCAAGUCAUAGCCUGCUAUAAAAUACACUAAUUGUUCAAAUUAAAACUAUCAGAAAAAGUUCAACAUUUCAGCUAAUGGAAUGACAAGGAACUACAAACUGACCGAAUAUGGCGGUUCUACCACAACUUCUGGAGUGUCUCCUUUUGGAAACCACGCCGCAUCUGCCAUCCGAGAAACGCGAGUUCGCGAGAGAAAAGAGAUGAGCGAGCUCAAUGAUCGUUUAGCCAGUUAUAUUGAGAAGGUAGAUAGCGCCGUCAUGUUUUCCUUAAACUUCAUAAUUUUGAGGUUCGCUUCCUAGAGGCACAGAAUCGCAAAAUGGAAAAAGAUUUGGACCUUUUGCGAGGCCGAUGGGGACGUGAUUCGACCAGUGUGAAAGUCAUGUUCGAGAGUGAACUCAAGGUUUCAAAAUUGAUAUAAUGUACUCAAUUUUCAAAAAUGUAAAUUUUCUGGUCGCAUGUAGAGUGGCUAGAAGGCACUCUUUAGCCAUUCUUCGUGCAACCAGCAUGAUAAAAAAAUCACAGCUAAAUGGAUGGUAACUCAAGCAAAAAAAGUUUUUUUCAGACCGCCCAGGAGUUGAUUCAUGACUCGGACAAACAACGCGACAGCCUUGAGGAUCAGAUCCGAAAACUGACAGACGAACUGACGGCCUACAGAAAAAAAGUGAAGAAUGAAUUAAUUUCUCACAUAAAAUUUUUUCAAGAUUUACUGACGCUCAAAAAAAUCUCAUGAAGCGACAAGACAGGAGCUUGAUGCCAUCUUGGCCAAACUGGGCGCUGUUGAAGCUGAAGUGAGAAAUUCUUAUUUUAUUUCUUUUCAAGUUUCAUCAAUUCUCACAGGUUGAACUUCUGAAGCGGCGAAUUCAACUUAUUGAAGAGGAAGUCAGCCACGCGAAACGUGAAAACCACCGCAUGAUCGGCGAGUUGCAGCGGGCUCGAAAUGUAUCUUGCCAUUUCGAGCUUUCAUUUCACAAUUUUCCACAUUCAGGCUGUUGAACAAGAGACUUUGAACCGUAUCGACUACCAAAAUCAAGUUCAAACCUUGUUGGAGGAAUGCGAUUUCGUCAAAAGAGUUCACGACUCGGUAUGACGUUGGAGAUAAAUUUUGAAAAAGUAAUUUUUUUCAGGAAAUUCAUGAUUUGCUAGCUAUGGCUUCUCGUGAUACAACGAUUGAAAACCGCGAAUAUUUCAAAAAUGAACUCUCUUCGGCCAUUCGGGACAUCCGUUCCGAAUACGACCAGGUGAGACCAUUUUUGGAUAAGGUUUCAAACGGAAAAUCAUAUUAUUAAGUUCAAAUGAAAAGCUGGAUAUUUCCGUCGAAAAUGGUUCCCCUCAUAAAAAAAUAUUUCUACCUAUGAAAUUUAGAUUGGAGGCUUUAAAAAGCCACAAACCUGCAAUUUUUUAAAAGGGAUAAACUUCUAGGCAUUGUUAGUCGCACAGUAACAAAAAGCGAAAAAAAUCAGGGAAUGCGAACUUGCAAUGAGUUAUGCAUUCAAGCCUACUUCAACUGACUGUUCAUUUUUCUAAAAAAGAAUACUUAGCUCGCAAUUUUUUGCAGUCAGACAGAGUAUUUUCUUCAGAUGAACAACGUACACCGAACAGACAUCGAGUCGUGGUACAAACUGAAAGUUCAAGAGAUUCACACGCAAGCAACUCGCAGCUCGAUGGAGCAAAACUACGCCAAGGUUAUCGAAAUUUUCAAAUGUACACAUUUUUUAUGCUUCAGGAAGAAGUGAAACGCGUCCGUACGACUCUAGGCGAUCUACGAGGCAAAAUGGCUGAUCUGGAAGGCAGAGUAUGCUUUUUCUUCAAAACUCGAAAGGAUCGAGGAAUUUCCAGAAUCUCCUUCUGGAGAAGCAAAUCGAGGAUUUGAACUAUCAGAUGGAGGAAGACAUGAGAUCUUACGAACAGUCGCUAAAUGAUCGUGACGUCACUAUCAACAAACUUCGGGAUGAGAGCAAAGUGCUCAUGGUUGAGCUGCAGAUGCUCAUCGACACCAAGCAGGUUUCUGAAAAAAACUCAAAAUGACUUGAAAAUUUUUCUCACAGGCCGAAAAAAAGAUUUUCUUUGUUUUAAUUUCAUUCAAAGCUGUUAAAAUUAACGUUGAAGUCAAACACAAUUUAAAAAAAAAAGUCCGACUCACUAGGUUAUCAUAUUACUUUUCAAUUUGGCACACGAAACAUCAAAUUGCGUUUCAGACUCUCGAUGCCGAAAUCGCCAUCUAUCGCAAGAUGUUGGAAGGAGAAGAGAACCGGGCCGGAUUGCGGCAGCUCGUCGAGCAAGUCGUCAAAACGACCAGCAUUUCACAAACCAAAGAGCUUGGCAAGUUUUUCUCGAUUCCAUUCCGGUUUUGGAGUAAUGUAAUGUUGCUGGUCGAAAAACAACAGCAAGUAGAAAAGGAGACGGCACGCCCUUCUGGCAUUCAUUCCACCUGAUUUUCCGUUUCUCAAAAAAUGCCCGAACUUAUUAGCAACUUGUACGAAGUUGUCAACUAUGAUGAUGUCCCAAACAGCCAUUAUCUUGUCGGAGAUCGGAUCCGACCUCGACCAGGUUAAUAUAGAUCAUGAACAAUAUUUCUUUCCAAUUUUAUGAUAUAGAAUGUCUGUUUCAGAAACGAUGCGAACUCUGAAAGGGGAAACUACCAGUCACACUUCUUAUUCGCGUUCUGCCAAGGGAAACGUUGUAAUCCAGGUAAAAUAGAAAUUGAGGAAAAGUUUUAAAUUAUUGUUUUUUUUCUCAAGGAAGUCGCUCCGGAUGGCCGUUACAUCGUCAUAGAGAACAUUUCUCGCCGCGACGAGACCAUCGGAGACUGGAAAUUGCGUCGCAAGAUUUCUGGAAAACGCGAAAUCGUGUACCAUUUCCCUCGGGACUUCAUUCUAAGGGCACAAAAAACUGUCAAGGUGGGUUAGAAGGAAAGGUUUGAUUGGGUGUGGUCGGGAUUUCUCAAAGCUUAAAAGCCUUUUAAAAGUGUUCAUUAAUACAUUUUAAAGAUAAUCAGAAUUCUGAAGCUAAAAAACAUCUUUUGGCUCCCAAAAAAUUUGCUCAUUGAGAAAUGCAGAGAAAUCAGGUUUUUUCCUAUCAAAAUUUGACACUAAGAAGCUUCUCCUGUUUGGAAUUUGAAAAAAAUAUUUUCACCGCUGUUCUGAUUGAACAUGGGCGUGGUCAAUUCUUAUUGUUGGACAUUUGCAGGGUCACAUGUUUCAGGCGGAUUGUGUAAAAUUGUAUUGUUCUUCAAUCUUUAAACAAAAGUGAAGUGAUACUCUGAAAAACGCACUUUUUGGAAGAAAAUAUAUAGUAUUCAUUUUUGUUCAAUAUGAGCUUUGAGAUCUUCGCUCGCGGCCAAGGAGUCCACUCUCCUCCAGACAGUCUGGUUUACGAUGGUGAAGACAGCUUCGGAAUCGGAAGCGACGUGCAGACGACUCUCUACAACAAGGAAGGAGAGGUUUCAAAUUCACUCACUCCUUUUUCCAAAGCUAAAUCUUUCAGGAACGCGCCUCUCACAGCCAGCGUGCAUCGCAUACUUGA